GACUGCUGGGCUGGCACGUGACUUGUUCUGUGUUCGCUUGGGUAGAGGAAGCCGUGAGGCCGGAGCUUAGGUCGGGAAGGGAUGGAGCGCUGAGCCGAUAGCGUCCGCUAGGCUGCCUGCCUCCGUACUUGUUACUGCUGCUACUUCCUCGUUUGACACCUUCCUGGGUCAGUGAGCGAUGGCUCUCCCCGGAUGGGGAGUCCUGGUCAGGCCGAAGCUUGCGCCGCGGUCGCUGCCUGGGAGGGACGGGGGUGGGUGCGGGGGCAGAGACCGUGGCGUUGGAGCUGGAGCUGGCUGGGUGGCUGUGUCUGCUUUCUCGGCGCCAAUUCACCGUCUUGGGCCUAGGUUCCGUCUCUAAGGAAGAGAAGGAGGGAAAAAGAGAAAGAGCUCUCGUGGGUAGUUAAUGACAGGCAGAAAGGAGAGAUACAGCGGUCUGGGAUCUUUCUUCUUGGGUAGGAAUGCACGCCGCCUGACUGAUUGAGGGGAAUGAAGUGACAGGUCCAGAAUCUCUCUUGAUUUUUGAGGAAAUACCUAGUAACAAACAUGACUGAGUUCUGGCUUAUAUCUGCUCCUGGGGAGAAAACCUGUCAGCAAACAUGGGAGAAAUUGCAUGCGGCAACUUCAAAGAACAAUAAUCUUGCUGUCACUUCCAAGUUCAAUAUUCCUGACUUAAAGGUUGGCACGUUGGAUGUCUUGGUUGGCUUGUCAGAUGAACUGGCUAAACUGGAUGCAUUUGUAGAAGGAGUGGUUAAGAAAGUAGCUCAAUACAUGGCUGAUGUAUUGGAAGAUAGCAAAGACAAAGUUCAAGAGAAUCUGUUGGCUAAUGGAGUGGACUUGGUUACUUAUAUAACAAGGUUUCAGUGGGACAUGGCCAAAUAUCCAAUCAAGCAGUCCCUGAAAAAUAUUUCUGAAAUAAUUGCCAAGGGAGUAACUCAGAUUGAUAAUGACCUGAAAUCUCGAGCAUCUGCAUACAAUAACCUGAAAGGAAAUCUUCAGAAUUUGGAACGAAAGAAUGCAGGAAGUUUGCUAACUAGAAGUCUAGCAGAAAUUGUGAAGAAGGAUGACUUUGUUCUUGAUUCAGAGUAUCUCGUCACAUUACUGGUAGUAGUUCCCAAGUUAAACCACAACGACUGGAUUAAGCAGUAUGAAACACUAGCCGAAAUGGUAGUUCCAAGGUCUAGCAAUGUUCUUUCAGAGGACCAAGACAGUUACCUGUGUAAUGUCACCUUGUUUAGGAAGGCAGUUGAUGACUUCAGACACAAAGCCAGAGAAAACAAAUUCAUUGUUCGUGACUUCCAGUAUAAUGAAGAGGAGAUGAAAGCAGAUAAAGAAGAAAUGAACAGGCUUUCUACUGAUAAGAAAAAACAAUUUGGACCACUUGUACGGUGGCUGAAAGUGAAUUUUAGUGAAGCAUUUAUUGCAUGGAUUCACGUGAAAGCAUUACGGGUUUUCGUUGAGUCUGUUUUAAGGUAUGGCUUGCCAGUGAACUUCCAAGCAAUGCUACUUCAGCCCAAUAAGAAAACUUUGAAGAAACUGAGAGAAGUAUUACAUGAAUUGUAUAAACAUCUAGACAGCAGUGCAGCAGCUAUUAUUGAUGCUCCUAUGGAUAUUCCAGGUUUAAACCUGAGUCAACAAGAAUACUACCCCUAUGUGUACUACAAGAUUGAUUGCAACUUGCUGGAAUUCAAGUGAAAAUGGGCUCCUCCCCCGACAAUCCUGUCCUUGUGUUUGUGUGUGCUAACGGAAAUAAGUUGCAGUAUGGUCGUACUUUUAACUCUAGUAUCCUUUGCUUGCUUCUUACCCCCUUUCCUAGGUGAAUUCUCCCACAGUGGUCUGUAUCUCAACAUUUUCUUUUUAAAGGAAAAAAUAUAUAUAUAUUGUUUCUUUUUAUUGAUCAGGUCUGUAAAUGUGUACUAAAAAAAUCAGAGUUUAUUUAUAAACAGAAUAGUUUAUUUAAAGAGAAGGUCUUUUCCUUAUUGAUAUCAUGGUAUGCAUUAAUUCCAUUUGUUACUAUUGUGCACAAAAGCCCUGUUCACAGGGGAAUGGUGUAAACAUUUAUACUGUUUUGUUCACUGUAUUUAGUAGACAUAACUGUUGAAUAGUUACUGAAUCAUGAUGUAAAGAAUAUGUGACCAUCUUCAGGUAUGGGAUUUCUGAAUGUUUCAAAUUUCAAUCAGUGAGCACUGUCAACACCCACAGGAGAGAAUAAAAUUACCUGUGCAAAGGUG